ACCGAGGGCCUCGCUACCUUCUUUGCUCCACGAAAACUCUCGCACACAUCUGCUCCCGUCUCGGUUGCUCCUUCCUGCUGUUUUUUCUACCGUGCGGCAAAGAAAGAAAGAAAGAAACCAAAAAAAAAAAUUCCAUCCUUAUUAUCUUUUUAUUAUUGUCUUUGCCGCCGUGCGAGUUCGCUACGGCUGCUCGCUCGCUCCUGCUUGCUUGCUCGCUGGCCUCUGGCUGCCUGAAGAAAAAUAUCCCGAAACUCCCAGGCGAAGCUGACUCGCUCACCGCUCGCCGACCGCCGCCGACCGCCGCUGGCCGCUGAGUGGUGCUUUGUGGCCUUCAUCCCUUCGUUACACACAAAUAUAUCGCAGCACAAUAGCCUCGUGAAUAUAUGUCUUUAAUCGGAUUCCAUCCAUGAUAUCAUCCUUCCUUCUACCCGUUCUUCUUCAUCUUCUUCUGCUUCUUCUCCUGCUUCUUCCUUGCGCGUCCGAGAGCAUCGGAAUUCUCCGUUUCAUUCCCGGGCUGUCGGUGCAGAACAUCCUCCGUCACAAGGACAAAGAUCUCUAUUUCGAAGGCCACGACGGCCUCCGCGAUUUUUGGAAGCAAACGGCUGCCAGCAGACGAGAGAUAUUGCAACUUGCGCGGGAGGGGAAGAUAAGGGUUAUUCGAGGACCUCGCCCUCAGGCCAGCUCGCAAUCAGCAUCGCAAACUUCAACCGAAGAUCGGUCGCAGAGCGUCAGCACGGACGAAGACGCCCGCAACCUUGGAACAAGCGUCAGCAGCACCGGCACUGGUAGUGGUACCAGUAGCGUCGCCCCCAUCGACUCCAGAAAACGAAUCCAUCGUGCCGACGUCCUCACUGAUCCUCCAACUUCAAAACGACAGCAGCACGACUCUCUACCGCUGAUCACUAAUGGAUACGGCCCGCAACCGUCCAUAUUCAACCACAAUCCUCUUCCGACCCCUCCUGUGAUUGCCGAAUCGGCAUUCUGGGGUGAUCGGAAUAUGCCUCCUUCCCACCUCGAACAGCAACAGCGCCAGCAGCAGCAACAUCAGCAGCAGCAACGCCAGGACCAACAGCAGCAGUUACACCAGCAGCAGAACCACCACCGCUCAUCCGACACUCCGAGCAGCAGCAAUGCCAGCCUACAUCAACACCAGUCCCCCGCCACCCCUCCGACAGCAACCCAAACCCCGCUGCAAACUAUGGUCGUCGCCAGCAGCCCUACGGCGAUCGCCACCCUCCUGGCCGACCUUCAGGCCGCCUUCCAGGAGUACGACAUAAGCCUCCCGUCCAACCACACCAUGCAACGCCUCAAAGAGGAGCGCGACCGCGCCCUCGAGCGAGCCCUGCGCAUGGAACGUGAGCGCGACGACGCCCUCCGCUCCCGCGACGCAGCGCUCAAGCUCGCCGAGGAAAGCUACGGCGAGUUGCGCGCACUCAUGGACUCCCGCGCCCGGCGAAUCCAGGAGAUUCGCGAGAUCUCGCGCGGCUCCGUCGGCACCAAUCACGGCUCGCACAACCACAGCAUGUACGGCAGCGGCAGCAUCGGCGGCGGCGGUGGCAGUGUCGACCGCGAGCGCGAUAGGGACAGGGACCGUGAGCGCGGCGGCGUAAUGGGGAACGGAGGCGGGAAUGGAAACGGAGAGUGGGAAUAAGGGGGAUCCUGUGUGUUUUGUGCGUGUGCUUGUGUGUGUGGGUUUGUGUGUGGAGCGCGGGGGAGGACUUUUGAUAUUGGUUGGGGGCUUUGCGGUCGAAACACGUUUACGUUUACUCGGCCGUCUGUUCAUCGUCAUCUUGAAGCCCCUCGUUGCCCUGAUCAUACCUGGCCCGUCCGCUCGCCUGCUCGUUCGUCGCAUCGCAUCUUACAUCGCAUCCUUUUACAUUUCGCCCAUCCGUCCCGAAAGUUUCUUCUCUUCGCUUCGCUUACGAUCCCCCCACCACCACCCCACCUCACGAUUCGCCCUAAAACUCUUGACCCCUCACCUCACCCCUCAGUGCUCACCGUUCUAUUCUAUUCU